AUGGACACUCCGCCGGGCUCGUGGAGCGCGCAAGCUCCCGCGCCAGAAAAGUCGAGCGAGCUCUUCAUCCGCGACUAUCCGCAUCGAUCCAUCGCCAUUGUAUCGUCCUCCCACGCCCUCAUCCUGCGAUAUAGUUCGUCGGCGAACGAAGCGUUCGGCAGCGGGUCUCCCGUUUCGCUCCCGUCCAGCAAGCCGCGCGGCGGCAGCGAUUCCUCUGCGGCCAAGUGCAUGGUGGAAUUCUCCCCUAUAACGAAGAAGCUGCUGAAGGACUACCGACCGCUGACGCCGAGGCCGGUGUACGGCACCUUGGGCCUGAUUUCAAUAAACGGAGAGGUAUUUCUCUCUGUCAUCACCCAGGCUGUGAGGGCUGCGACGGUCCGUCCUGGUGAAACUGUGGAAAGGAUUGCGAGUGUGGAUUUCUACUGUCUGAGUAGCGCCAACUACGAUGAUGUCGUGCCUCUCGAGUUGCUGGGGGACGGGGAUUCUUCCGACGUUUUUGGGUACAACUCAUCAUCGCCUUACGGCCAAGGAUUGGGCCGAAGAGACGUGGCGAUCGAACAUCCGUGUCAUGAUUUGCGCAGGCUGCUCAGCAAUGGCUCUUUUUACUACAGCACAGAUUUCGAUCUUACCAACAGGGUGCAAGACCGGCCUCUAAACUCGAACUCUUUUGAGAUAGACAACUUUGACAACACGUAUCUGUGGAAUUCAUACAUGAUUAGCCCACUAGUUCAGUUUCGGUCCCGGUUGAUGCCCCCAGAGCGCGAGGCGCUGGAUGCAUCACGCAUUCUCACCUCUGCGAUCCGCGGAUUUUGUAAGACAAUGACGAUACCGCAGAACUCUUCGCCUUUAAAAUCCAAGAGCGGCAGACCAUCCUUUUUAACGCUCAUUUCACGGCUUUCUUGUCGGCGGGCAGGCACUCGUUUCAACGCCAGAGGCAUGGAUGAUAAUGGCAAUGUGGCGAACUUCGUUGAAACCGAGACGACGUUCUGGUCUCCUGCGGGAGUUCUGUUUUCUUAUGCCCAGAUUCGAGGGUCAGUCCCAGUCUUUUGGGAACAGGCGGCGGAUCUCUUACCUGGCCGCCAAAAAAUAACCAUUACCCGGCCUCCGGAUGCAACACAGCCAACGUUCAACAAACACUUCGAGGAUCUCGAGCAAUCUUACGGCGCUGUCCAUGUUAUCAAUCUUUUGAGUGCAACUAAACCGGGUGAAGUCGAGCUGGCCACGAUGUACCGAGAGUGCAUCAGACGCUCCCCGUUAAGCCGACCUGCGCAGCAGCAGUCAGAGGAUCAUGCAUUACUACGCGAAACACAUUACGACUUCCACGCCGAAACAAAGGGCCCAGCCGGAUACGAAGCUGCUCGCGGGAUCCGCCGAUAUAUUGAAGGUUCAUCUGACGCCUUCGCCUACUACCUAGCAGAGCAUGAUCGAGCCGAUGAUCGCAUGGUGGUCGUGCUCCAGCAAGAAGGCGUCUUUCGCACAAACUGCUUGGAUUGUCUUGAUCGUACAAACUUGAUUCAGACCUUGAUAUCCCAGAUGGCUGUUGAGGCAUUUUUGGAUCAUCGUAAUGAAUACGCGGCCUCCGAUUUCUGGAUGAGGCAUUCCAGUCUUUGGGCCGAUAAUGGUGAUGCUCUCUCCAAGACCUAUGCCGGAACUGGGGCUCUAAAGACAUCCUUCACGAGGCAUGGCAAGAUGUCCCUAGCUGGAGCAGUGGCAGACAUGCGAAAAUCUGUCCAGCGUAUCUACCACAACAAUUUUAUCGACCCUUCUCGACAGAUUACAAUUGAUAUGCUGCUGGGUCUUUUAGUUGGACAAGCCCCUGUGCACUUGUUCGACCCCAUCAGUGACUAUGUUUCAGUAGAGCUGAACAGGCGAAGCGAAGAGUUUACAUCGUUCAAGAAUAUCAGUAUAUGGGUCGGCACAUUUAAUUUGAACGGGCGCACGGAAGGUAUCGACUAUGACUUAUCACCAUGGCUAUUCCCGCCCUCGCUAGGGUCAUCACAACCAGAGAUAUAUGUUGUCGCUUUUCAGGAGAUAGUUGAGCUGAGCCCACAGCAAAUCAUGAAUAGCGAUCCCACCAGAAAAGGUCUGUGGGAGAAUGCGGUAAAAGAGACACUGAACCGGCGACAAGCUAGCCUGGGAGGAGAGAAAUACGUGCUGUUACGUAGUGGGCAGCUUGUAGGAGCAGCUCUUUGCAUCUUUGUAAGGUCGUCGUCUCUCAAUCACAUUAAGAAUGUUGAGGGAAAUGUCAAGAAAACAGGAUUGUCUGGGAUGGCUGGAAACAAAGGAGCGGUUGCGAUUCGGUUUGAUUACGCAAAUACCCAUAUAUGCUUUGUUACAGCACAUUUGGCAGCAGGAUUUGCUAAUUAUGAUGAACGGAAUCGAGAUUACGCAACGAUUCACGAUGGUCUGCGAUUUCAGAGGAGUCGAGGGAUCGAAGAUCACGAUGCGAUUAUUUGGCUGGGCGAUUUCAACUAUCGAAUCGGUCUCGGCUCAGAAGCCGUACGCGGCUUGGUGAAAAAGCGAGAUUUUGAAACCAUGUACAGCAACGACCAGCUAAACUUACAGAUGGUAGCUGGGCUGGCGUUUCAGUUUUAUUCCGAAGCCCGUAUCAACUUCAUGCCCACAUACCGAUUUGACAUUGGAACAGACGUAUACGAUACUUCCGAAAAAGCAAGAAUACCGGCUUGGACGGAUAGAGUACUGAGGAAGGGCGCCAUUCUCCGCCAAACGGCGUACGACUCGGCACCAACAUUGAUGUUUUCAGACCACAGGCCGGUUUAUGCCACGUUUGAUUGCCGGGUCAGCCUCAUCGAUGAGCUGCAGCGAAACGCAAUCAGCCAGGAACUAUACGACCGGCGGAAGGCGGAAGUGGGAGACUCGGCCGCACAUGCCGAUGGCGAAGACACUGAAGAUGAAGAUUUAAUUGGAUACGACGCAAUCGAGCCAGGCCUACCCCCUGCGAGCUCAGACCGGCAAAAAUGGUGGCUCGACAACCGACAGCCGGCUCGUGCUCAAAUUCCCAUACCCAAUGGGCGAGACGGCCAACCAAUGGCUUUGAAUCCGCACCGCCCUUCAAAUCCCUUUGGCCAUGGAGAAGAACUGGACUGGAUAUCAGUUUCGAGGUCGUCGCCCGGCGCGUCUCUUUCGAGCAUUUCGAGCUCGCCAUACGAGAAGCUUACACCUCCCAGGGGCAUGAGCUCAGCUGGGCCUAGGAAGCUGCCUCCACAGUACGAUCCGACCACUCUCCCUGCUCAGGUGGGACGGAUGAAGAUUGGGGACGGUGAUGGCGCGCGGAGCGUUCACGGAGACAGAUCUAGCGCGGCUCCGCCUCCACCGCCACCCCGUCGUUCAGCAACGACGUUGGAUAUGGGCUCGAGCGCAGGGCUAGGCAGGUCUGCAAGCACAGCGGGGAUUAUUGGAGGAGCUGAUGCUCCUGGCAAGAUAGGAGGAGCAACGCAACCGCUAUGGACAUCCUCAUCUCGGCCCACAUCAGUGACCUCUCAGACAUCACAGCUAUCGCAGCAGCUCAAGGCUGGGAAGCCGGCACCCCCUGUCGCAAAGAAACCGGCACACCUGUUGUCGACCUCACCGGCCUCGACAUCGUCGCUACCCUCGACAUUGACUUCAGGGAGCGGGUUCAAUAAAGCUAAAUAUAGCGACGGAGACUUCCAGCCGCCGCUGCCGGCUCGUGCUUCAACGAUGGGAGUGAAACAGGACAAUGCGCAGUGGCAAACACCAUCCGUUGGUGGUUCAGGCACUGGAAGGAAGCCCGUUGCCCCUCCUAAACCGUCUUUAAAUAUGAACAUGGACGCAAGGGCGAAUGCAAACUCAAAUACUGGCACAACGGCAACUGGAGGGCCCCCCCUGUUGCCAAAGCGAUCAAGGCAGGUGAACCAGGGCCCUGUAGAUCUAUUGGAGGGUGGAGAGGAAGAGAUGGGAGGCUGGGAGACAUUGCAGCCGAGCGCAGCCUAG